GACGGCGGUGGGCCGGGCCGGGUGGGCGCGCACAAUACACAUGCCCAUCUAAAAAUACCCGCAGUCCGGCGAGAGUCGUCCGAUCGUGUCGAUCCGGGGCUGAUCGACUCGAAGAAGCGAAAGAGAGGAACAGAAAUGGAUCUGAUGCGGCAUCGCAAAAUUAUGAUCUACGUGGUGACAUUCCUGGCGUACGCCUGGUCCGGGUGGGGCGCCGGGCUGCUGACGAAUCUACGGGACGCCGUGCUGGCGGCGGAGACGGUUUUCCAUGACCUCUUCGCCAACGUCAUAACCGUGGCGAAGAAGAUCAAGGACAUACACGAGGUGAUCGACGCCGCCGUGGAGGAGAACUGCGUCUUCCAGUGUCCCGACGGAUCCGCGCCGAAGGCGGACUGGAAUCACAAGCCGCAAAGCGACGGAUGCGGUUCCCUCGGGAUCCAGGUGAAUCAGGAAUACCUUCCGGUCACCGCCGAAAUGACCAAGUGCUGCGACGCCCACGACAUUUGCUACGAUACUUGUAACAUGGAUAAGGAGAAGUGCGAUCUGGAAUUCAAGAGAUGCCUCUACAGAUAUUGCGACACGUAUCAAAACACCGGCUACAGUAUCGUCAACACGUGCAAGGCUGCGGCCAAGACCCUCUUCACGGGAACGAUCGCGCUGGGUUGCAAGAGCUUCCUCGACGCUCAGAAGCAGGCAUGUUACUGUCCCGAUAAGCGGAGCAAAAACAAGAAACCGAAGAAAGCUGCGCAGGCCGGCGGGGAAUUAUAACGUUGCAUAUUGGAAUUUGGAAUAUAAAAAUGACAUUAUAAUAUAAUUAUACUACAAAGCGUAUUGCAUACAGAAUAGGAAUUUGUAUCGACUCUCUGGCAAACGAAAUCUAGAUUUUUGUAAUGCCAUGCAUUAUAGCAGUAUUAAUUUAAUAAGAAAUCUUAAAUUAAGCGUGAGAAAUGUGAAUUUUAUAAUAUAAAAAAUAGGGCAGCUACGUCUCUCGUUGUAAUUAUAACGAUUAUAAUUAUUACUAAUUAGAACUUAUAUUAAUUAAAGCGAAGAUGAUAAGAUAUA